AUGGGCCGUUCUCGGGUGCAGACCGCCCUCGGCGACAUGGGGAGUGAAGAACGAAACGAGAUUCACCAUCAUAUUAGAAUCCUCUGCUACCCGUUGAAGCAGGUGACCCAGCCGCCACCCGCGAUGGGGAAGCACGCCAAGCACGCCCAGGGCGCGAGAAGCACGCCGAGAAUCGGCCGCCUCGAUUCCGGCGACGCCCCGCGGCCGAUCCGGAUCGCCGACGCCUUGCCGCUGCCGAACUGCGCGCGCAUGUCCCAUUGCGCGAGCGAAGGACGCUUUCAAAAUCUCCUUGGAAGAAAGGAAUCCAGAUCCAUCCAAUCAUCGAAACGCCGCCUGUUGGACGCAAAUUGGACGUCGUUGAAUCCUUCCAGACCCUCGGCAGAGAACUGGACCCCCUUCCGCCAGCACCUGUCCCCCUUCCGCCAGCACCUGUCCCCCUUCCGCCAGCACCUGUCCCCCUUCCGCCGGCACCUGCCCCCCCGCCCCCAGCGCCUGUUCCGCCCCGGCGACCUGCAGCGUGGCGAGCUCCUCGGCGGAGGCUUCUUCGGGCAAGUCUUCCGCGUCACGCACAAGGGCACGGGGGAGGUCUUCGCCCUGAAGGAGCUCUAUCGCUCGGACGAGGAAGCGCAGAAUAACUUUCUCAAGGAGGAGGCUCUCCUGAGGAGUCUGGAUCACGAGAACGUACUUCGCUUCAUCGGGGUCAUGUACGUGGACAAGCGGCUCCACCUCAUCACGGAGUAUCUGAGCGGGGGCACGCUGAGGGACGCGAUCCAGAGCGGCGAGCCGCUUCCCUGGGGGCGGCGAGCGCGUUUCGCCAGAGACGUCGCCAGCGGGAUGGCAUAUCUCCAUUCGAUGAACGUCAUCCAUCGGGAUCUCAACUCCCACAACUGUCUCAUUCGGGAGCCGCUUGGGAAGGUCGUGGUGGCGGACCUCGGCCUGGCCCGGUGGAAGCUGGGAGGACGCGGGAGGACCUGCGGCAGCGUGGUCGGGAAUCCGUACUGGAUGGCGCCGGAGAUGAUGACGGGGAAGAAGUACGACGAGAGGGUGGAUGUCUUCUCGUUUGGGAUCGUGGUGUGCGAGGUGAGGGUGGAUGUCUUCUCGUUUGGGAUCGUGGUGUGCGAGGUGAUCGGGCGGGUGCCGGCCGACCCGGACUUCCUUCCUCGGUUGCCGGACUUUGGGGUGGAUCAGAGGGAGUUCCGCGAGAGGUUCUGCGGGGAGUGUCCCGAGGCGUUGUGCGGGAUCGCGUUUGUCGCUUGCGAUGUCGACCCCGACAAACGGCUGAAGCCCAUCGCGAUUGGACAGCGGGACUCCGGGGGACUCAAGGGACUCCGAGGGACUCCGCGUGGAUGAGGGAAUCUUGGCUUCGUUGACUCGUGUGGUCUCUGUUUCUUUCGGUGUUCAACGUUGACUCGUUUCAGUUUCUUGCUCCAUUUUUUUUCUUAUCACGUUCAUGUUUCAGUACCGGUUUCGCCUGUGUUGUCUCGAUUGACGCGAAGAUGGCUAUAGUUUGUGUCGAGCAGGGUUCAAGGCUAUUUGACUAUUUAAGACUAUUUGCGAGGCGCGACUUCCUCUCCCAACCCUGCUGAAGUUGACGAGCCGACGUCCUAAACAUACGAGAAGAGCUC